AUGGAACAUUCAGAGAAGAGCAAAAAUUUUAAGUCAUAUUUUACACCAGCAGUGGCGGGUGCAAUAGCAGGUGUAUCAGUUGAUGUGACUCUUUACCCCUUAGAUACACUGAAAACUAGAUUACAAAGUCAACAGGGUUUUUACAAAGCCGGUGGCUUUAGUGGUGUAUAUAGAGGUCUUUUAACAGUGGCUACAAGUUCUAUGCCUACAACUGCACUAUUUUUUGUAUCAUAUGAAGCCACAAAAAACAUAUUCCAGCCAUUAGUUUCACCUCAAUUUGCUCCCAUAGUGCAUAUGCUUGCAGCAAGUGUAGGAGAAGUGCUAGCCUGCGUAAUAAGAGUCCCCACAGAAAUAGCAAAGCAAAGAAAACAAACCUACACUGGAACAGAGAAACGAAGCAGCAUUCGGAUACUUGCACAUGCCUUCAAAACAGAAGGGCUUCGGAAAGGUGUGUACAGAGGGUUCCUAUCAACAGUACUGAGGGAUCUACCGUUCAGUUUCAUAGAGCUGCCGUUGUGGGAGCUGUUGAAGACAAUGGUCAGGGAGAGGAAUAAUGGAGAGAUUAGCACAUUCCAGAGUGCAGUCUGCGGUUCUAUAGCGGGUGGCGCUGCGGCGGCUGCCACCACGCCACUCGACGUCGCCAAGACUCGCAUCAUGCUGGCGGAGGGCGGAGCCCGGCGCAUCGCCCCCGUGUUGCGCGAUAUCUACCUGCAAACCGGCCUCCGGGGGCUCUUCGCAGGAGUAACACCACGGGCCUCCGCCUUCUUCUUGGGAGGAUUUGUGUUCUUCGGUGUUUAUGAUGAUAUGAAGAAACUAUUUGAACAGUACUGUGAUAGA